ACAGAUGUAUAACGAGUCUGUCGGAGUAGAGUACGUUUGUUGCAUCAGACAGUUUAAGUGUUUCUAACCUUACUUUUGGAACGCAAGCCAAAGUGCAGUUAUUUUUAAGUGAUGAAAUAGUUUUUUAAAACAUAUUCAAUAAAAGUUUCUCUUAAAAAUGUCUAAAAUUCGAGCAAAUAUGAAAGACUCAAAAUUAGAGAAGCAAGAUUUGCUGCAAGCAGUCAUUAUAACAAAUGACUUUAAUACAAAUUUACAUCCAACGCAAUAUGUUUAUCCAAGCAUCUUAACUCCAGUGGCUAAUAUACCUCUUUUUGAUUAUAUUUUACAAGCAUUAAUUUAUUCUGGUGUCCAAGAAAUAUUUUUACACUGUAGUAGUCAUAUUCCAAUGAUUACGGAUUAUAUUUCAACAAUGAAAAAUGAAAAAAUACCAAUAGGACUUAUUUUUUCGGAUGGAUGUAGAUCUCUUGGAGACGCAUUACGAGAUAUUGAUGCAAAAGGUUGUAUACGAGGAGAUUUUAUUUUAGUACGUGGAGAUGCAUUUAUUAAUGCAAAUUUAGUUAAUCUUAUGAAUAAACAUAAAUUGAAAAGAGAAAAGGAUAAAGGUUCCAUUAUGACUCUUGCUUUAAGAAACGUUGGAUCAGCGAAAAAUUCGAUUUUGAGUGAUGAAAAAUGCCUUUUUGUGGCCGAUAAAAUAACUGAUAAAAUCUUAUACUAUAGUAAAUCUGUUAGAGAAGAAAAAAAAAUUAAAUUUGACAUCGAAUGGUUUCUUAAUCAUGAGCAGACUAGUAUCAAUAACAGUUUCAUUGAUUCACACGUCUACAUGUGUUCUUCUUCUUUACUGCCACUUUUUACAGAUAAUUUUGAUUAUCAGACAAUAGAGGAUUUUAUUAAAGGUGUUUUAAUGAAUGAAGAAUUCCUGAAUUCUCGAAUCUACUGGCAAUCUUUAAAUAAUGACGAGUACGCAUUACCAAUAACUUCUUGGUCAGCUUAUCAUACUUUGAAUCGAGACAUACUAGAACGUCAAACUUAUCCUCUUACUCCUGACAUACUUUGUCCACUUAAUGGCUUUACUUUUACUUCUCGAAGUGUUUAUAAGCAUCAAAAAGCCACUCUAGCUAAGGGAUGUAUUUUACAAAAAGAUGCAAUACUUGGAAGCAACACUGUACUUGGAAAAAAUACCAUAGUCGAUCGCUCUGUAAUUGGUAGUGAUUGUACUAUUGGUGAUGAUGUUGUAUUAGAAAAUUCAUAUAUUUUGGAUAACGUAGUUAUUAACAAUAACUGUGUAAUUAAAAAUAGUGUACUCUAUCCUAAUAGUGUGAUCAAUUCUUCUGUUAAAAUGGAAAAUAGUAUUAUCAUGUCAGAUGUGAAGGUUCCAGCUGAAUCCACUUAUUCAUCAAAUAUCGUUGAGCUACAACAAAAACAACUUGUAGUAAAAAAUAUAGUUAAUGAUGCACCAUACUUAUCUGAUAAAAUUUUAUAUUCGAAGAUAAAUGUUAAUAAUGAUCAAGAUUAUGACAGUAGUGUUGAAAGUACAAGUUUCUAUUCAGAUAGUGAAGGGAAUUCGAGAAACGAAUCUCCAAUACCUGAUGACACUCAUAUGUUUUUGAGUGAAGUUAUUGACAGUCUUUUACGUGGUUUUCAAGAUAAAUUAAACUGUGAAAAUCUUAUUUUAGAAAUUAAUUCUUCACGAUAUGCAUAUAAUGUUGGAAUUCGUGAAGUUACAUAUAAUGUUGUUAAAUCAAUCUUAUUAUUACCAUUACAAUAUUUAAAUGAUAGUAAAUUAACGAUUGAUGAUGCUGCUUAUCAAAAAGUUCUUGUAAAAAUGAUCAAUUAUUUUAAUCCCAUUUUAUUGAAUUAUAUUAAAUCAAAUGAUGCCCAAGAAGAAUGUUUAAAAGCAAUUGAAGAUGUCUCGGAUUCUUCUCAACAACUUCUCAAUUUUUCUAAACAUUUAUUACAUCUCUUUUAUCAAAAAGACUUUCUUAGUGAAGAAAAUAUACUCAAGUGGUACAAUCGGAAACCUGAAGAUGAUGAUGAAAUUUAUAAUACGAGACUUCGUGAAUGUUUAAAACCAUUUAUAACGUGGUUAAAUGAAGCUGAAGAAGGCUCUUCAUCCGACGAUGAUUAAUAAAGUUCGGAGUUAUUUAAAAAUUUAAUUUG